CAUCAGGGUAUGAGGCCCCCAGGAUCUGCAGCCAGGACCAGACACCCCUGAUUGCAGAAAUGUGUUCCCUCCCUAUGGCAAGAUACUACAUAAUUAAAGAUGCAGAUCAGAAGGCUCUGUACAUGAGAGAUGGCCAGCUCUUUGUGGGAGAUCCCACUGCAGACAGCUGCUGUGCAGAGAAGGUCUGCAUACUUCCUAACAGAGGCCUGGACCGUGCCAAGGUCCCCAUCCUCCUGGGGGUCCAGGGAGGUAGUUGCUGCCUGGCAUGUGUUGAGACAGGAGAGGGGCCUUCCCUGAAGCUGGAGGAUGUGAACAUUGAGGACCUAUAUAAGGGCGGUGAAGAGACCACACGCUUCACCUUCUUCCAGAGCAGCUCCGGCUCUGCAUUCAGGCUUGAGGCAGCUGCCUGGCCUGGCUGGUUCCUCUGUGGCCCGGCUGAGCCCCAGCAGCCAGUACAGCUCAUCAAGGAGAGUGAGCCCUCGGCCCGCACCAAGUUUUACUUCGAACAGAGCCGGUAGGAAGGCAGGAGGCUGAGGUCCAGCCUGGUGCCCCCA